AUGACCCCUUCUCAAGACAACAACACGCCCAAUAAUACCACCUCUUCUUCUAAAAUUAACUCCAAUAGUGGAUAUAUAGAUUAUGAUGACAUGUUUUUUGAUGCAGGUCGAGCUGCUAAUUAUUCGGAACAAUACACUGCAUCAUCACACCAAAGAUUGAAGACAGGUGUUUCAUCGGAUUCAAGCGGAGAUGUUUCUAAGAAAUUAUUAGAUAAUAAUAGUAACAUUUCUCUUAACACACCUCUCCCACCUUUGAAUUCUUCUUCGACUUUUAAUAAGGCUGCUCAGUCUGUUCUUUCUUCUCCACAAUCUCUUGCAAAAACUCCAUCUGAUACUCUCAAAAGUUCAAACUUCAAUAUUUCAUUUAUUGAUCAAGAUCAUUCUAAACAACAGCAAGAAUCAACAAAACAACAGCCCUUGGGAGGAAAUAGUCUUACUCCGAUAUCGUCGUCUUCCCAAAUCAAAGAGACCUCAUCACACGGUUCAUCUCACCAUUCCUCCGCCACUAUCUCUUCGUCUUCCAGUAACAAUCCUGCACUAUUACCCACCCUUCAAUCAAUCAUCAAUUCAUCUCCACCCACACCUUCCCAAAAAUCACUCCCAACACUCACAAGUCCUGGUGUAACAGGUGUUCAUUACAAGGAUCGCAAAAGAACAAUUUCAUUGCAAUAUUUGGCAGAAAUCUCUAACUUUUCACGAAAGGACGUUCAAGAUGCAAUGAUUUGUAAAAUUGACAACGAGACUGGAGAAAUUUAUGGAAAUAUUCCUGAUAUUGUCGUUGGCAUGAAGUUUGAGUCAAGAAUGGACUUGUUAGAUUGCAAACUUCAUACAGAUCUUCAAUCAGCUGUGUGUACAAAUGUCAAUUAUUCAAAACCUGCUCCUUCACUAAUUAUUUAUGAUUCUCAAGAAGAACACGAGGAUAGAGGAACUGUUGUCUUGUACUCGAUUAAUUUUCAACCAAAUGACCUCCAAUCUUCUUCUCCACCUUCUGUUAGAGGAACAGCUGCAGAAGCUUUAGCUCAAAACUCGACAUACAAAAUUCCUGUGAGAGUGAUUCGUGGAAGAUAUGAGUCGUCUAUCGACAGAGAAGCACCACCAAAAAAUCUUCAUUGUCCUUUACAUGGUUAUCGAUACGACGGACUUUACUUUGUUGGCGAAUACUUUUUUGAGCCAUCCAUCUCAUCUUACAUUUUCAAGCUCAUUAGAAUUUAUGGACAACCUGAACUGCCACAUACGAGCGUAACAGCGGAAUCUCCUUCAAGCUCUCUUUCUUUCUUACCUCCUCAAUUUACAAGUAUUUCCACCCCUCAACAAUUCAACAUUCCAUCCACAAAUAAUGCAUUAAGGCCAUUAAGCAACAGUUCUAGCAGCAGCACAGAGAAAUCAGUGUUUGGAAUUCCACCGCUUGUUACACAGAAAAUGCUGUCCUCCUCCUCUUCACAACAACAACAAACAUACUCGAAACAGAGCUCUCAAAACUAUCACGAUUUACCAUAUAUUCCAAAUUUACCUUCGAACAUUCCUUCUCCCAACUCUCAAAACACUACUUACAACCAACAUGUACUUCCCUCAAUACCUUCUAUUCCAUCUAUUGUGUCUCGUCCUCAAUUUAAUUACAAUAAUGAACCUUCUGUUCCAACACCAACCAACUCUAAUACCUCCACCUUUAAUAGUAUCAAUGCUAUCACAAGAUCUAGUUCACAAAAUCAGUUUUAUAACAUCUCGAACAGGGUUGAAAAUAUAGGUACAGAAAGAAUGAAUCUUACACACAACACAAUACGACAGAUGAUAUCUAAUUUAAGGACUCAAAACAGCAAAUUCAACGAACGAAUUCAGCAAUAUUCGUCAAACAUUACUGAUCUCAAUACCAAGGUGGAGGAUGUUCAAAGAUGCUUGCCAACUGGAGGAACGAGUUCCAGACAAUUAACCUCGAGAAAUAAAACAUUCACUUGGAAGGUGGGUGUUGACCGAAGCAAAUACUAUGUGUAUGACGAUGAUGAGGACGAGGGAGAAGACGAGCAGGGAGAAGAAGAACCCACAAAAACAGAACAACAAGAACACAAACGUAAGAAGCGAAAAAAGCAACAAAGUGUUUCUGCAAGCAGUAGUAGCACAAGUGUGGACCAAAACAAUAAAUGA